GUAGGCUGGUGUCAGGCUGGAGCGGCAGCUGCCAAGGCUGUGUGGAGAAAUACAUGUUCUUCAACAUGUCUGUGCUGCAGCCCGUGGAGCAGCUCUCUCUGGCGCAGCUGGAAAUCAAGUUCCAGUGGGACAUGUUCCGCACACCAAGGUUCCUCCUGGGCCCACAGGCGCUCAGCGUGUCCCUGUACAAGGUGUUGCGUGCGACCCUGAGGGGAGCGAGCCACGAGGCCCACCGCAGGCUGGUGCUGUCCCAGUCGGUGCAGCUGGAACCAGAGGCCGGAUCUCUCACCUUGGACCUCACAGCACUGGCAGACAACUGGCGUAAACCGGGUCAUAACUACGGCCUGGUGCUGGAGCUGCAGCCACACCCCGUCCACACCCAGGCGACAGACAUCUUCAUGUCCCAGAACCUUGUGAACGCUGUGCCGUUAGGGCCGACCGUAACCCUCCCAGAGUUCCAUGCCUCCCUGGUGGUUGUAUCCCUGAAUCCACUCCAGUGCCGCUCUCGGCAGAAGAGGAGCGCCGUCUACCUGCCGGUUACACCCAGCAACGUGUGUAAGCCGCGCCGCCUCUACAUUGAAUUCAAGGAUGUGGGCUGGCAGGACUGGAUCAUCGCUCCGCAGGGCUACCUUGCCAAUUACUGCCACGGAGAGUGCCCGUUCCCACUGAGCGAGAGCCUGAAUGGCACUAACCAUGCCAUCCUGCAGACUCUGGUGCACUCCCUGGACCCCCACGGCACACCCCAGCCCUGCUGCGUACCCAUCCGCCUGUCACCUGUAUCCAUGCUCUACUACGACAACAAUGACAACGUAGUCCUACGUCAUUACCAAGACAUGGUGGUGGAUGAGUGUGGCUGCAGAUGAAA